GUUUAAUGGUGCAGGAGCGGAAUUAAAUGAUACGAAAGUCAUAAAAGCUAACCCAACAUCAGGUCUCAGUUUGAUCCUUUUCGUUGAUGCGUAUACUACAAAGAGGGACUUGUCGAACCACCUUCCAUACAACCGGUUUGAUCCGACAAGUGGACAAUCUGGAAUCAGGGCCGUUAUUCACAGUCCAAAAAUCAGACCUAUGCCAUUUGAAAAAGGCUUUGAUAUCCCAACUGGGUUUUCUACAUCAGUCGCUCUCAAAGAAACCAAGCGGAAGUUGAUGACUGAACCGCAUGGUAACUGUACAACGGCUGAAUUCAAUGAAGGUACAAAUUAUGCAUACUCAGAGGACACGUGCCUGGAACAGUGUAAACAGGACAUUCUCAUGGAUGACUGCGGGUGUAUGAGUUCUAUGUUGCCAACGCCAUACAGUGAAUUGAAGCCUCAAUACUGUGGAAAAGUAAACAUCACAAAUAUGUAUCUAAUGAUGUUUCAUAAAGAUGAUGAAACUACACUGGCGAUUGCUGAAAAGGAGCUUGAGACACUUGAUUGCGAAGCUAAGGUGAUGGAGUCACUUGGUGACCCCGAGGUCCUGAACAAAUGUAAAUGCAAAGAACCAUGUGUGAAUACCAACUAUGUGAAGACAAUUUCCCAAGCAGUUUGGCCUAGCGACUAUAACCAAAAGAGAUUCUUCAUUGAGUCCAUAAACAUGAGUGAUCCUACACAUCGAGCAACAAAACUAUUUGAAGGACUUGGGUUAGAUAAUAUCACAGAGGGGGAAAAAGAGAUGAUACAGAAAAAUUUUCUAAGGUUCAAUGUGUACUUUGAGAGUCUUCAAGUUGAAACAACGUCCCAAGUCGAAGAUUACCCAGCUUCGACAUUAAUAUCGGAAAUCGGAGGAAAUAUGGGCUUCUUUGUUGGGAUUUCAAUUAUAACAUUAAUGGAGAUGUUGACCCUGACUGGUGCCAUCAUUCUUUAUUGUUUUAAGGAUUUAAUUAUUAAAUGUGGACAAAGCAAUAAAACAAAAGUAUCUGAUGUUAAUAAUAAACAAGUCUAGUCUGAAGAUUAUUAUAUGGAUGAAGAUAAGGAAAUAUAAAGACAAUUUCCCAUGCAGUUUUGCCAAGCGACUAUAACCAGAAGAAAUUCUUCACUGAGACCAUUAACAUGAGUGAUCUCAAAUAUAGAACAACGAUGUUAUUCAAAGGACUUGAAGUGGGUCAGAUCACAAAGAAUGAAAGAGAGAUGAAACAAAAACAUUUUCUCGGGUUCAAUGUGUACUUUGAGAGUAUUCAAGUCGAAACAACCUCUCAAGCUGAGGAUUACCCAGUUUUGACAUAAUAUCCGAAAUUGGGAGAAAUAUGGGCUUCUUUGUUGGGAUAUCAAUUAUAACACUAAUGGAGAUGUUGACCCUGACUGGUGCCAUCAUUCGUUUCUAUUUUAAGGAUUUGAUUAUAAAAUGUGGACUAAGCAAUGUAAAACUAAAUUAUCAGAUGUUAAUAUUAAACAAGUCAAGUCUUACAAUAAUCAUAAGGAUGAAGAUAUGUAUGAAAAAUGUUAAUGUGGAAAUUCAUUGUAAAAGCAAUUAGCCCCAAGAUUGUAGAUGAUUUAAGCCAUUAUGCCUUGCAUGAAGACUUAAAUUGAGAAAUAGGAUACAAGACAUGAGUGCUUUAAAAUAUCUUCAAUUCAUUGAGCCAUGUGCUUCAAUUCUUGUCACACAUUACAAAAGAUUUUGUGAAGUAUUUGGGGCAUUAGACACUGUUUCUUUUCAGUUCUUCAAUUCAUUGAGCCAUGUGCUAAAAUUCUUGUCACAC